CGCCCAGAAGCAUGCAUGUUCCCGCUCCGCCGCCGCCCCGGAUUCCUCGCCGUCGUCCUUCUCCUCCUCCUUUUCCUCUCCUUCCAGCUCCUGAUUCAUGUCCCCUCUGUCGGAUCGGCACUGUCCCUAUGUCUCUUCUCCGAUCACCACACCGAGCGCAAGGGUCCUGGGAGCUGUCAUGGAUGCCGCAAUGUACAGGGCAUGGAUGAUGCCGAUAAGACGAUUGCUUACACGGACCAGGAUGGUCGGAUCAAGCUCUUCAAAGUUACCAUGACAGAAUUCCUCUCGUCCUCUAUCUGGAAGAAUCCUUUGCAACCGAAAGAUACCCAACCACUAGCUCAAACUCAAGAAAUUGCGAAGGAGCAGCUACCAGACACUGGGUCAGAAAUCUCAAAUAUUUCAACCACAGGAACUUUGGAAACCAGAAGAAACGAUCCGAUUAAAUUAAAGAGAGUGGUAUUCCGACGCAAAAGAAAGGAGGAUAGGACCCAGGAGUUGCUUCAGGUGGACAGGGAGGCUGAACUCAACAUGAGAAAUGUGGCCACAGACAGAUCAAGGAACUUCAGUAAUAAAGUAAGAGCCAGCUACAACAUAUGGAGGCCGGGGUUUCACCAUACUAACACAGAUUCAACCCUCAGACUCAUGAAAGAUCAGAUUAUAAUGGCCAAGGUGUAUGCCACAAUUGCACAUUCCCAGAAGCAACCUGACCUGUACGUGUUGCUCAUGACAUGCAUAAAACAAAGCCAAGAAGGUAUUGGGGAUGCACACAUGGAUUACAAACUUGAUUUGAGUGCUUUAGAGCGAGCAAAAGCAAUGGGGCAUGCCCUGUCUUCAGCUAGAGAUGUUCUGUACAACUCUGGUGAAGUAUCCAGACGAUUGCGUGUUAUGCUACAGUCUACAGAACUAAAUAUCGAUAGUGUUAAGAAGCAGAACUCAUUCCUGGUGCAGCAUGCUGCAAAGACAGUCCCCAUGCCUUUGCACUGUCUGCAUAUGCAGCUGACAACCGAUUAUCAUUUUCGUGAUGGUGUGGUCAAGGAAUAUUUUCGUGAUGCUGCUUUGAAGGAGGAAGAAGAUAAGGCAAAGCGUGAGGAUCGGUCUCUAUACCACUACGCUAUAUUUUCAGAUAACGUCCUUGCAGCCUCAGUAGUUGUUAGAUCAACGGUGACACAUGCCAAGGAACCAGAGAAGCAUGUAUUCCACAUUGUCACUGAUAGACUUAAUUUUGCAGCUAUGACAAUGUGGUUCAUAAGCAAUCCUCCUCUACCUGCUACUGUCCAUGUGGAAAACAUUGACAACUUCAAGUGGCUCAAUUCGUCAUACUGUUCAGUUCUACGACAACUUGAGUCAGCUCGGCUCAAAGAGUACUAUUUCAAAGCACAUGAUCCAUCGUCACUCUCUGAUGGAAAUGAAAAUCUGAAGUACAGGAACCCCAAAUAUCUGUCUAUGCUUAACCAUCUAAGGUUCUACAUGCCAGAAAUACACCCCAAGCUUGACAAGAUACUGUUUCUCGAUGACGAUGUUGUUGUGCAGAAGGACUUGACACCGCUAUGGGAUGUUGAUCUUAAAGGGAUAGUAAAUGGUGCAGUUGAAACCUGCAAAGAAAGUUUCCAUCGCUUCAACACAUACCUCAAUUUCUCACACCCAAAGAUCUCAGAGAACUUUGAUCCACAUGCUUGUGGGUGGGCUUUUGGGAUGAACAUGUUUGACCUGAAAGAGUGGAAGAAGCAAAAUAUCACUGGAAUAUACCAUUAUUGGCAAGAUCUGAAUGAGGAUCGUAAGCUGUGGAAGCUGGAUACAUUGCCUCCAGGACUGAUUACUUUCUACAACCUGACAUACCCAUUGAAUCGCACUUGGCAUGUGUUGGGCCUUGGCUAUGAUCCAUCUGUUGACCUUGUUGAGAUUGAGAAUGCAGCAGUAGUUCAUUACAAUGGGAAUUACAAGCCCUGGCUAGACCUUGCCAUUUCCAAGUACAAGCCCUACUGGUCCAAGUAUGUAGAUCUUGACAACUCACACAUUCAACGCUGCUACAUGAGUGAGCAAUAACAUGCAACUCUUCACCCAGUUUUCUGUUUUUCUCUGUGCGAAUGAGUUUUGUAGUGUAGGUUAUUCGCUAGUAGAAAGCUAGGCAAAGUAGACAUAGUUCAGACUUGAUGAUCUUAUCAUUCUUACGCUCAAUAAUCCGGUUACAUCAAUUGUGUCAAGUGGCUUACACCUUGCAGCAUAGCAGCUGUUACUUUUGUUCAAUUGAUUAUGGGAUAAUAUAUGAAAUGACAAGUGAGUGCUGAGGCUAAUAAA